CUCUCUCUCUCUCUCUCUCUCUCUCUCUCGUCUUCCUCGUCCCCGUUCAGACUCUAUUGGAUUGCUCUUCUAUCAGUUCUCCGGACUGUACGAUGAAAACCAGACCUCUUGUCAUUUUGCGCACCUGCUGCUCUCUGUUCUUUCUUCUUUCGGAUUCAGGGGUUUGUGGCUCUGAGGCUGAGCACAGGCUCUUCUCAGUCAUCUUCUCCAGUUAUAACCAGUACAUCAGACCGGUGGAGAACGUGUCCGACCCCGUCAUCGUCCAGUUUGAAGUGUCCAUGUCACAGCUGGUCAAAGUGGAUGAGGUGAACCAGAUUAUGGAGACCAAUCUUUGGCUGCGACAUAUUUGGAACGAUUAUAAGCUCAGAUGGGAUCCUAAGGAUUUUGGAGGUGUAGAGUUCAUCCGUGUGCCAUCCAAGAAGAUUUGGAAACCAGACAUUGUGUUGUACAACAAUGCAGUUGGAGAUUUCCAGGUGGACGACAAAACGAAAGCUCUUCUACGAUUCAACGGAGAUGUCACCUGGAUCCCUCCGGCCAUCUUCAAGAGCUCCUGCAAGAUCGACGUCACCUUCUUCCCGUUCGACUAUCAGAACUGCACUAUGAAGUUCGGCUCGUGGACCUACGACAAAGCCAAGAUCGACCUGGUGCUGAUCGGCUCAACCAUCAACCUGAACGAUUUCUGGGAAAGCGGUGAGUGGACCAUCAUCGACGCUCCCGGAUACAAGCAUGACAUCAAGUACAACUGCUGCGAGGAGAUCUACACAGACAUCACAUACUCGAUCUACAUCCGUCGGCUGCCACUCUUCUACACCAUAAACAUGAUCAUUCCCUGUCUGCUCAUCUCCUUUCUGACUGUUCUGGUUUUUUAUCUCCCUUCUGACUGUGGAGAGAAGGUGACCUUGUGCAUUUCCGUUCUCCUCUCCCUCACGGUUUUCCUCCUGGUCAUCACUGAAACCAUCCCAUCCACAUCUCUCGUCAUCCCUCUAAUCGGAGAGUACCUGCUUUUCACCAUGAUAUUUGUGACUCUGUCCAUCGUGAUCACUGUGUUUGUGCUCAAUGUGCAUUACCGCACACCUAAGACGCACACCAUGCCUGGUUGGGUGCGGCACGUCUUCCUCAGUCUGCUCCCUCAGGUCAUGUUCAUGAAGCGGCCUGAGAAAGACCCAGAGAGGAAGACCAGAUCCUGCACUCUUCACACUCCAGGUCUGGUUUCCACAAAUCUUUCACGCCGGGCUCCUCUGCUCCUGUGCACCACUGAGCUCAACAAACUAAGUGAGGCGUCCAAAACGGCAUCCAAGACAGUGCCCAGCUUUCUGUGUCGAGACGGCCGAUGUACUUGCUGCUGGAAUCAACACGGCACCAACGUCUCCAGUGAAGGAGCAGAGGACGGAGGAGGAGGGAGUCCGUGCUCCAGCUCUGAGUCUCUGGACGCAGGCGUUCUGUGCUUGUCUCCACAGGUCAGAGAUGCCAUAGAGAGCGUCAAGUACAUUGCAGAGAAUAUGAGGCUACAGAACGAGGCCAAGGAGGUCCAGGAUGACUGGAAGUAUGUGGCGAUGGUGAUUGACAGGAUCUUUCUGUGGGUGUUUGUCCUCGUGUGCAUUCUGGGUACAGCUGGACUCUUCCUGCAGCCGCUGCUGAUGGCCGAGGACAUGUGAUCCUUCACAAGCACAGAACAUUUUCAUAGUCAGAACCUAAUUUUCAGCAACCUUAACUCAGCAUUUUAUGUAUUUUUUUAAUUGUGUUUCAUUUUAGAGCAGAAAAUACAUCUGUUUACAGGUUGGUAGACUCUGGGACUUUAUAAGAGAUCAAAUGGAGCAGCUAAAAUAAGGAUCAUCAUCGACUUUCAAAAAGAUUUCUAAGUACUCACCCGAUGGCUUAGUGUCCUCUUUUGUCAAUUCCUAUUUCCAUCAAAGUCAUGCAACCCAGCUGCAUUAUAUAAAGCUAAAAAACAUUUGUCCAAUGACUGAAUGGAAUAUCUGGCCUGUAGAUGGAGCGUUAGAGAAGAGUAUUCAAGUGUCUUAAAGGAAUAGUUCACCCAUCUUUUUUUCUAUGUUUGAAGAAUGAUCACACAGGUCUUUUUUGUGUUUCACAGUUCACAGUAAGCUCCAAAAUGACAAGAAAAAAAGCACCAUAAAAGUAGUUUGUACAAACGUGUUUCUUUCCUCGAUGAUAAACAGUGUAAAAAUACAGUUGCUCUCUGCUAAUAUUCUCCUCUAGUCAGCUGUGUAACUCAUGAAUACUGAUUUGAGUACACAAUCUCAAGUCACAAUCUCCUUGUGUGAGUGUUUUGUACUUUCAGGUAAAAAGCACCACCUAGUGGAUACUUUAAGCAAGUCCCUGGUGAAAAGACUAGAUGAUUCUGCAUAGUUCAGUAUGGGUCUCUGAAACAGUCAAAAUACUUUUUUCAGACAUGUAAUGGGUAUCCGCUCUCUUUACAUGUUCAUAUGUUCUCAGUGUAUGAUGUUAAACCUUGAUGCACAUUUUCAGCUUUCUGAGGAAUCCUGCAAAUAAAGAAAGACUGACAACUAUGAAGGUCUUCUG